AAGGGAACUUCCUACUUUUAAAAAUAAUUCUUUCCAUUCUUAUUUUAGCGAAUCUCAAGUCUGAAUUCGAUAUGUAAUAAAUUUCACUGGAGGAAAGAGAAGAGAAAUAUUGCAUUUAUCUAGCCUAUCGAGCCGGGUUUCCUUCUCAAACACGCAUAGCGGCAGAUCAAAAACCCAUUGAGGAUAAAAAAGAGAAUUCAAAGACGGACGGGUAAUAACGAAAAGUAAGUUGACACGAGACUUUAACAGCCCGGAUAAAAUAAUGGUGGAAAAAUAACAGUAUUCGAUUAAUGUCCCUUAGGAUGUAAAAGCAGUGGUGAAAUGUGAUUUGCAGUUUAUGAAUUCUUCAUCGGAAAAAAGUGGGCUGGACGAUCGGAGUGUCGUAAAUAACUCGUCGGUUUUACGACCCAGACCGGGGUAAAACUGAUGCGCAGCGGCGCGGCGGAGUCAUUGGACGAUGAAAAAAUUCUGGGUUUUUCUGCAAGAGUUUUCUUCUUAUUUUUUCAGUUUGUGAAUGUGCAUCCAAAGUUAAAGAAGUGGGAAAAAAAAUAUUAAAUUCUUUUGUCUUUCACGAGAGAUUUUUUUUAUUUUGUGCGUGUGUGUAUAUAUUAUGGAAUACUUCAGUCCUUGGUACCACAUUCUUAGAAGUCGGACUAUGGAGUAAAGGACUGGAAUCACACAACUUAGAGACCCCCCGACAUAGAGAUGUGACGGUCGUCUACAGUAUGAGACAAAAGUGUUCAAUGAUUUCAUGAGAUACGAUUUGGAAUUUAUUAUCGAAGUGUAAUAAGCAUGAGACAUUACAGACAAACUGUGGCGUCGUCACUCUUCGUGAUUCUAUUAAUUUCUUCCAGGAUUGCAGCAAUCCGAUGGCUAACUCUUUAUCAAAGUAAGCAGAAAUCUUGGACUGACGAUAAAAAUUGUUCGAAAUCUCUGGGACUUAUCGGCAAGCAGAGCAAACAGUGUAAACAAAAUCUGGACUUAAUGGGAACAGUUGCGCACGCAGCUUAUGUUGCCAUGGAUACUUGUCAAGGGCAGUUUGCAGACAGAAGAUGGAACUGUUCGUCUGUUCGUAGGGCGCCAAAAUUAUCACGUGAUCUCACCAGAGGAACCAGAGAGCAAGCUUAUGUAUACGCUAUAGCCUCGGCCUCUCUCGUGCAUUCCAUUGCACGUGCAUGUAGUGUGGGAGUGACCACUAAAUGUAGUUGUGGAGCUCUCCCUAACCACCCACCCCAAGAGGAAUUUAAGUGGGGAGGUUGCGGGGACGAUCUGAAAUAUGGACUCCACUUCGGCCAACAGUUCACUGAUGCAGAACUGAUGAAGAAAGGCAAAAUUAGAAACUCCAAAAAGUCAAAAAUGAAUAGUCAUAAUAACGCCGCUGGACGCUUGAUUGUAGCCCAGAGUAUGACCACAGCGUGUAAAUGUCACGGAGUUUCCGGUUCCUGCUCCAUAAAGACAUGUUGGAGGUCACUUCCGGAUUUCUCUGUGAUAGGAACCACCUUAAAAAAUUUAUACGCCAAUGCAGUGGAAGUGCGGAGGAAAAAACGCAAAAAUAAGCGGAUAUUUGUCCCCGUGAGACCUAAUGUACAGAGUGUUUCCGAAAAAUCUCUGAUUUAUUUUACAAAGUCCCCAGACUAUUGCAGUCCGGAUCCUAAAACGGGGUCAGCCGGAACUCAAGGGAGGUUUUGUAGGAAUGACAGUUCCGGUUGGGGCGGAUGUGACGCAAUGUGUUGUGGGCGGGGCUACCGCAGCUUCACCAAAAAAAUAGUAGAACGAUGUGAAUGUAAAUAUUACUGGUGUUGUUACGUCAAAUGUAAAACAUGCGAAAAGACGCUCCAUCUAAAUGUUUGUCGAUAGUUGUACAGUGUACUCAGUUUAAAUGAAACUCUUCUACGGGACGUGACCGAGAUUGCGCUGAUAUUCAAGGUACCUUUUCACUCAGAUGCUCUUCUAAAGGUGUGGAUGUAUUAAAAAAAACUACCAAGCUUAUAGUGAAUGAAUUUUGAUCACAGGGAGAACGGUGAACUUGAACUUGGAGUCGUUAAUGUGAGCGUAGAGCUGGAAAACUCAAUUUUAGCCAGUGAGAUUGCACCUACCACAAAUGGUAGCUGUUUAAAACCCAAUCCUGCAGUAAUUAAACUCGAGCAUAAAGCGAGUGAUUCGAGUUCUACAGCGAGUGAUUCGAGUUCUACAGGUGGAGAACUGGAACAAUAACUGUGGAACUACUCAACUCUAUGUUUUUUUUUUUAACUUG